UCUAGCUGAGGGUGGGAAGUGAGCAGGUUUUAGAGCAGUAUUUGAAAGCUAUCUUGUUUUGCAGACCUUCACGUUAAGUUGCUGAUAAACAGAAGGAUGAAGAUUGAUAUUCACAAUCAUAUUUUGCCAAAGGAAUGGCCCGACUUGAAGCAGAGAUAUGGUUACGAUGGCUUUGUCCAGCUGCACCAUCACUGCAAGGGUGAAGCAAAGAUGAUGAAGGACGGGAAGCUGUUCAGGGUGAUUCAGGAAAACUGCUGGGAUGCAAACGCUCGUAUCCAGGACAUGGAUAAGUACGGUGUUACCGUUCAGGCCCUGUCGACGGUUCCUGUGAUGUUCAGUUAUUGGGCUAAACCUCAUGACACUCUGGAUCUCUGUGUCCUUUUAAAUGACGAUUUGGCCCAGACGGUACGGCGUCACCCUAAGAGGUUUGUGGGCCUGGGCACGCUGCCCAUGCAAGCCCCCGACCUGGCAGUGCUGGAAAUGAGGCGCUGUGUGAAGGAGCUUGGGUUCCCCGGAGUGCAGAUCGGAUCACACAUCAACAAGUGGGACCUCAACGCCUCUGAACUCCUCCCCUUCUACGCUGCGGCAGAGGAGCUUGGCUGCUCCAUAUUUGUCCACCCGUGGGACAUGCAGACAGAUGGGAGGAUGGCUAAGUAUUGGCUACCCUGGCUGGUGGGCAUGCCGACUGAGACAACCAUGGCUAUUUGCUCGAUGAUAUUUGGAGGUAUCUUUGAGAGAUUUCCAAAACUGAAAGUCUGCUUUGCUCAUGGAGGGGGCUCGUUUCCUUUCACUGUCGGGAGAAUUGAACAUGGUCACAAAGUCCGCCCCGACCUGUGUGCAACUGACAACACAUUCAGUCCACGUAAAUACCUCGGCUCUUUCUACACCGACUCGUUGGUUCAUGAUCCAAUCUCCCUAAAGCUGCUCGUUGACGUUAUUGGAAAAGAUAAAGUGAUGCUGGGAACAGAUUAUCCUUUCCCACUUGGUGAGCUGCAACCCGGGUCACUCAUAGAGUCAAUGGACGAGUUUGAUGGAACACUGAAGGACAAGUUGCUCGCUGGAAAUGCGCUGGAGUUUCUGGGACUGAAAAGAGAACAGUUUGUUUAAAGUGCUACUGGACAGCACCAGAUCCAGAUGCCAGUGAUUGAUUGCAAAUUAAGCCUUCAUUUUUUUUUUUUUUUUUUAUAAUCUAUAAUGCAUGUUAGGAAUGUCUAAUAAAAGCAGUACUAUUUGUUAGUGUGCAGGAAAAAAAAAAGACUGCUCAAAAAACUUAAGGGAACACUUUAUUUUAAAUCUGAGAUUAAUAUCUACUCAGUUAAACUUCUUGAAUAUUGAUCUGGUCAGUUCAGUGCGGGGGGGGGUUCUUAAUCAGUGUCGGCUGUUUUGGUGUUGGUAAAAUUAACAGGUGCAACAUCGAGAUGACCCUAAUAGUUUUUUAGGUGGAGGUCAUAGACAUGUUUUAUCUCCAUUGUUUUUUUUUUUCUUUCUUCUUUUUUUCUUUUUGGCUGCUUCUCAGUAGUUUGCCAAUUGACCAGAGUUGGUGCCACUACUUUUAGCAUGAUACCUGGACCCUACAGAGGUUGCAAAGGCAGUGCAACUCCACCAGGACUGCACAUCAAUAUGUGCCAUUGCCA